UGUGUGUGUUUGUUUGCCUUUUUCUUUGACUAUUCGUCCAGGGGCAAGGACCGAGUUACUCGGUGACUCCUAGCCUUUGGACACCAUGUCUUCCAUGGUAAUGCCGGUGUUGCUGUCACUGUGUUUCGCUUUGGCAUUCUUGAUCUUUUCAUAUAUGCAAGAAACACAGGUCUCAGCACAGAUCUUCGAGGCCGCUGGCGCAAGAUUUCUGAACUCCCCUUGGCGGCAACAUCCCAAGAGUACCAUCUAUGAUGUGAGAGGUGGGAGGCAAGUCUAUCAGUGGCUGGAGCAGGUGCUCCUGGAGCAGCUCUAUAUGGAGACUCCAGAAGAUGGAAGCCAUGAGGCCUACUGCACCAAGUCGCAUCCCUGCCGCUUAGGAGAGGGUAACGCCAAUUCGGACUCUGAGUGCUCAGGGCCGUUGAUUGCUGGCCGUCGCAACUGCCCAUCACGACUUGGGAGCCGAAGAGAUUGCUGUCAACAAUGCGUGGGCGAGACCUGUCAAGAGCAAAUUGUGCCGACCAAAGAGGUCAACUUAACGACCAAUACAUCUGUGCCCGACCUUUCGGCCAACUGCGCAGAUACCUUGCCACCCUGGUUGUCCCUGUUUGCUCGCUGGAAAACUGACGAUCUCAUGGACGAAGAGGAUCCAGUCAAUGUUAGCUUUUGCCCUGAGCGGGUGGGCACUGCGCGCCCUCGUGGCUUAAUGGUGGGGCGCUUCAACCGAGCACUGAUGGGACGAAUCUCAUUGAAACGGCGGAAGCUGUUGAAUGCUGACUCACCAGUGUUCUCCAACGCAUAUGGGAAGGUCAUGGCAGCAGCAAAAACGGAUGCUUGGAGCUACAAGCCCACUGAGGAGGACACAACUUCUUUCGGCGUCUACAACUAUGGCAAAGGUGGUGGCUUCAAUAGAGCUGGUGCUUUUGUGGAGAUCCUGGAUUUUGAUAAGCCGAAGAAGGUCACCGCAAGGCAAAUUUCAGAGCUCAAAAGGGCAGGAUGGUUUGAUCUAAACCAGGGCUCUAUGGUCGUUGAAUUGAUGCUUUGGAACGGCAACGUGGAGCUUCUUACCCAUAUAGCGUUCGUCUUCGAACACCAGUUCAGCGGCAAGACCAAUGUGCAAGUGCGCGUCAGCAGCCUUGCAUUCAACAUCCACGACUUCUCCCUGGUGUCUUCCUACGUCCGGAUUUUCACCUACAUUGUGAUCAUCAUUUGCUUUGUGUUUUUCUUCCGCUCACAGGUUGAGGAUGUAUCAGCUGACUACAGGCUGUAUUUCUCUGAGCCUAUGGGUUACAUUCACUUAGCAACGAUCCUUCUGUGCGCCUAUGUUAUAGUGAUUUAUCUCACCAUCAUUUUUUCUUAUGCCUUCCUGAACUUCAACUUGCCAAUGGAAACCUCAGAGUUUGCAGACAUUGCAGAGCUUACAAUCAACAACCAGGACUUGAAAGUUGUUGUCUCCGUCAUCACAUGCUUGCUUUUUGUGCAGGCAGUGGCCGAGUGCACCAGUUUGAUUCCCCAACUGCGGCUUUUGGUGGAUUCCAUGGGCGUUAUGAGCAAUCAUUUGGUGACUUUCUUCGUGGUGUUCUUCAUAAUGAUUUUAGGUUUCAGCUUGGCUGGCAUGUUCCUGUUGGGCUUCAACUUGAGCCAGUUCAGUAGUCCAGCUCACAGCAUCCUGACAGUGGUGGAGAUGAUCAGAGGGAAAGCGAAUUAUGAUCUCAUUGUGGAGGCGGACGAUUCCUUCGGAGACGCCUACUUCCUUUUCUUCCAGUUCUUCUUCCUGAUUUUUCAGCAGUUCCUGCUGACCAUUCUGAUGACUGGCUACUUGAAAGAGCGCAAGCGUCUUGCAGAGUCCGAGCAGGUGGAAACUCCUCUACGGCGGAUGUUCCGUUCCAUCAAAAGUGCCUUGCAGCAUGCCAGUGCCAACAUCAGGAGCCGCAUCGUCUCUCUGUUCGGUGCAGGGCAGGGUACCAGGACAAAGACGGUGGAUUAUGACCAGGUGGCCAGAUUGCGUGAUAGGCGUGCCACACAGCAGCCAAUCCGCAACAUUGUCUACGAGAAACGCCCUGGCAAUGAUAAUGAUGCCAUUGAUAUCUCCGAGGAUGUCUUUUUGAGAGCAUCGGAGCCCUUCUACCCAGAUGGCAUGAUGCAUUACUAUGUGGAGGGAUCUGCCAGUGAAGGGGUAGCACAAGACUACAAAGUGCAAGGUUUCCGCUUGAUUGGUAUUUUCUCGAAGGGCAUCUAUGACAGAGAAAAGUUUAGAAGCCAGGACCUUUUCGUGACAAAGUACAAGCAGAACCCGCAGGCAAUUCUCAAGGAGAUAAGCAACGGUGAGAGCUUGCCUGUGCGGUUAGAGUUUCAAGGGAAGGUGCGACCAUUCUCCUGUGAGUGCAUCAUCUUGGGCAUUUUUUGCUGCAUUUUCCUGGCCUUCAUCUUGCAGGUUAUGCGGGUGGUGGAUUCCUACAGCCUCGCCGAGAUCCAUCGAAUUGCUUUGCUGGACAACGAGUGGUAUGAAUACCACCCCACCCGCAUCAUGAAUUUCAGGAACAUGUCACUGGUGCCACGGAGCUUCAGCUCAUGGAUGAGAGAAGCUGUUUUCGAGGGGGAGUUGGGCUGCGUGAGCACCCUCAAUGAUGUCAGUACUUGCAUCAGCGAAAGUUCGGAUGGGAAUGAGCUGGUGCGAAGCAACUGGCAGCUCUACGUCCAUACCAGCAACUCAGAGAACUUCUUGAAACUGAGAUCAUUGCCAGAACUCGCCAGCCUAGAUAUUACAAAUACUGCUCAAGAUGCUGAAGGUAUGGUUGCUGGGUUUAUACCAAAGAGUGCUGGCAACAAUGAGAUGACUGGCCGCUUGCGGAAUUGGAAUGUUGCAGUGAUGCCAAACAAUCAGAUGCGGAUGAUCCUUCAGACGCCGUGUUUCCAGCAGGUGACCAACCAACGCUUCAACAUCGACUAUCCGUACCGUUUGGAUCCAUUGAUUCAUGGCUGUGCUUCCUCCGACUGCAUGGGGCGAGUGAUCAAAGCUGGGUUGAGCUGCUACACGUACGACGGGGACACCAUGGAUCCUAGUGCUCAGACAGGCGCCUACACUGGUUUGCAGUACAGGUACACCUCUGGCAAGGGCAUUUUGCUUGGCCUUGGAAACACACCAGCUGAAGCGAAGACAGUUUGGGACAUUUUCUCUCAGGAACAGUUGAAGCCAGUGGCAAUGAUCUUGGAGUUUGUCACCUACAACGGAAACAUGGAUAUGUUUACUCACGCCCGCGUUAAGUUCGAGCUGCAGCCUACUGGGUUGCUUCAGCGGCAGAUUGACGUGGUGGUGUUUCCAUUGAAUGUUUUCAAUAUGGGUCUCACAGACUUUGCCAAUGAGAAGACAGCAUCAAACAGAGCACUGUUUAUUACCUACCUUAUCAUCGGCUUCAUUUUCCUUUGCUGGGUUUUGAGGGAUCUUCUCAUCCAGUUGCAAUUGACGAGCAUGGAGAAGCCAUGGUACAUGUUCAUUCCUGACUACUUCAUGGAUGACCUUUGGAAUACAGUAGACGUGGUUUGCCUUGUGAUCAACGGCUUCGUGAUCAAUAGUAUCUUGAGGUAUCUUCUCAUUGAUGGCACAUUUAACCUGAAGGAGGGAUUCAGGUCGUGGACUUUGGACUUCACAGCUGUGGCUGCGGUCACGGCGAGCACCACCGACAGCUACGAAGAGUUUGGCCGGGCAGCAGACUUGUACCAAACGUUUCAAACUCUUUCAGCCUUAAAUGGCCUUUUCCUGGUGCUGCGCUUCGCCAAGUACUUCCGUUGUGUCUCAUCUUUGCGGCUGGUGCUGGCCACAUUGGCGGCAGCGGUCUCUGAGCUAGUGACCAUUGCGCUGGUGAUGCUCGUCGUGCUGAUGGUAGUGGUGCUUCUCAUGCACAACAACUUCGGCAUCCUUUUUCCCAGAUAUGGAACCUUGGAGUCCGCAAGCCAAUCGCUCUUCUUUUUUCUUACUGGCUAUUUCGACACAGAUGACUUGUUUGCAGCUGCUCCGAUAUUCUUUCUGUGGAUUACCAUUUUCUUCCAGAUCACUUUCUUGGUAAUUCUGGACCUCUUUGUGGCGGCAAUCAUUUACCGGUGGAAAGACACCCGUCGUGAUGCAGAAGAGUUUUCCAUCACCGGUUUUUUCUCCGUCAUAAAGGACAACUUGAACUUCUUGAAAGGCAGCAAGGCUGGCGCAGGCUCUUCAGAGGACCGGAACGUGGCGAAGCUGAAUAAAGAUUUCUGGAAGAAGAUGGGCGUACUUCCGCACUUGGAUCGCUUGGAUGAGCGAGGCAAGAUUCUGCCUGCUCAUGAAUCAAAGGCGGCGAAGACAGAAGCUGAGGAGGAUCUUCGAGACGAAGAGGGCUCAGAGGGUGACUUUCAAUCGGUGCAAGACCAGAAGCGCUUUGUCACAGUGUUCAAGAAGGCGCACAUGGAGAUCGCCUCCCAAAUGACCCGGGAGAUUUCGGACGUCGAGGAUGGCAACGAAGCGGCCGAGGAUUUGGACUACAAAGUUCUCCAGCGCUGGGAGCAAGAAGACUUGUCAUUGUCGCAGGAGAGGCUGGGAAUCAUUGAAGAGCCGCAGCAUCAGCAAACAAUGGAUCAAAUCGACGCCAAGAUGAACCAGGAGCUGGAACAAUCACGGCCAGCGGAAGAAAUUUGGCUUGAUGCCCUCAUUACAGUGCUAGAAGAGGCUGAUGCACUGGAGAAGUUGCAAAAACUGUUCCUCCCCAUGCCGAUGAUCCAGCCCAAGAAGGCACAUGAGUGGAGUCUUUUCGAUCACAAGAAGAUCCGCAUGGAGCGGCGGCUCAACAGUUUCUUACGAUGGCUUCAGGAAGAGGCUCGUGUGAAGCAUUACCAGUUCGUCCGGGAAAUGGCAGUCUCAAAGGAGCGCGUGCUGAAACAGCAAAGUUUGGUCCUGUCGGACUACCUGCAAACCUUGGACGAACAGAUUCAGACACUGCAGAAGGACAUGGAGAGCCUGGAGAGGAAAAACUCUCAGAUUCGCGCCAAAGUUUCACCGCUUUUGUGACUCAGACCUCGGGAUUUGCUUCAGCAUACGCACUUGCACAGCCUUGACCACCGUUCAAGUCAAAUACAGUCCGGUUUGGC